GGGGGUUGUGGUGGCCCGCGGCGCGCGCACAGCACCGGGUGCAGCCGCCGCCGUCGCCUCAGCAGCGCCAGGAGCCGCCGCCCGCCCGCUCGCCUUCCUCCUUCUCCUCCUCCCGUCGCCGCCCUUCCUUCUCAUCCUCCUCCUUCUCCUCCUCCCGGAGCCUCCUCGCCCUUUCCCCCGGCCCCGCGAAGAUGGUGGACCGCGAGCAGCUGGUGCAGAAGGCCCGGCUGGCCGAACAAGCCGAGCGAUACGACGACAUGGCGGCCGCCAUGAAGAACGUGACAGAGCUGAAUGAGCCUCUUUCCAACGAAGAGAGGAACCUGUUGUCCGUCGCCUACAAAAAUGUGGUGGGGGCGCGGCGCUCCUCUUGGCGAGUCAUUAGCAGCAUUGAGCAGAAGACCUCUGCUGAUGGAAACGAAAAGAAGAUAGAAAUGGUCCGGGCUUACCGUGAGAAGAUCGAGAAGGAGCUGGAAGCCGUGUGCCAGGAUGUGCUGAGCCUGCUGGACAACUACCUGAUCAAGAACUGCAGCGAGACACAGUACGAGAGCAAAGUCUUCUACCUGAAGAUGAAAGGGGACUAUUACCGCUACCUGGCCGAAGUGGCCACCGGUGAGAAGAGGGCGACCGUGGUGGAAUCCUCGGAGAAGGCCUAUAGCGAAGCCCAUGAGAUCAGCAAGGAGCACAUGCAGCCCACCCACCCCAUCCGGCUCGGGCUGGCGCUUAACUACUCGGUUUUCUACUACGAGAUCCAGAACGCGCCGGAGCAGGCCUGCCACCUGGCCAAGACGGCCUUCGACGACGCCAUCGCCGAGCUCGACACCCUCAACGAGGACUCCUACAAGGACUCAACGCUCAUCAUGCAGCUCCUCCGCGACAACCUAACGCUCUGGACGAGCGAUCAGCAAGACGACGACGGCGGAGAAGGCAACAACUAGACCCCCCUCGAUGGACUGGCAGCCGCACGCUGAUGCUAACUACUGCAGUCUUUAUUUUUUUCCCACGAGUGGGGGGGGGGUCAGGGGUGGGGGAGGGAAAGGGAGGGGACACCUUCCCAGGGAGGCCCCCCACAACCUGUCUUUGAUUGCCUCGUUGACAUUUUUGCCAAAAUACCACUAGUGGAAGUCAGGCUGGCUGUGCUGGUAUGGAAUAGCAGCCUCACUGGCAUAUGGACUGUUCUGUAGAUCAUUAAUACAAGUGGAGCUGUCUUUAAUUUAACUUUAUCGCUAGAAAUAAAAGGGUUUUAAGAUGAAUUUGCGUGGAUGGAAUGGCCCUCGUUUUCAAGGAAAGCAAGGCAAAAAAAAAGGGAGUUCUGUGGUUCCAGUAAGGCUUCGUGCGUUUGUUUCUUCGGUCCGAGUGCCGUGUGUCCGUACCACGUCGCGGGGCGUCUCUCUGCAGCGCUCUGCCCGGCAGCGCGUAGCUUACAAUCCCCAAAUUGAGAAGGAAUUAAAAAAAAUAUAUAAUUCAGGGCUUACACAGCCCUGGGAUUUAGGCCAUCCAAUCUUUUGUUGUUGUUGUUAAGGUAUUUAUUAGGGUAGCUUACAGUAUUAACACUAAAUUGCAGUUUACAGUCUUUCUACAUUACAGCCAUAUGAUGACAUCAAGCCUUUGAUUGUCAGUUUUUGUUUUGUUUUCUUUUGCUAGUUCUUUUGGCUUGCCUUCCUGAUCAGUCCUCGCCUGUGGACUGGCUUUAGCUAUUCUGUGUCGCCCAAGGCAAGAAGACUGCCCGCCCGAGGAACAUCAAAGCUGCUCUAGUUUUUUGGUCAACAGCUUAACAGGUGCUUGGCUAGCGGCUGUUUCAACUAUUUUAAGUCCACAGCAAAAGGUUUAAGAACUUAAUUAGACAAGGGGGAAGUGUUUAAACUUAAAAUGCCACUUAAAUAAAAAAUAAAAAUUAAAAAAAAAAAAUUAAAAAAAGAGCAUUCAGGUCUGUAUGUCAUGUACUGUGUUUGGUAUUUCAAAAGACCAUCCUGAUUUAAGGUGCCACAGCUGCUUCCUCAGGGAUUGCACUGCCAUUUCACUCUGCCUGACUUUCUCCCACUGUACCAUGAGGUUUGUCAGCAGAUCUCUGCCACCCAGGCUCCCUUGUUUGUCACCAGGGACGCCGGGUGCGGUUUUUUCCUUUCUCCUGGGGAAGCUUGUGGUGUAAUGAGUGAACUUCAGGAGCUUAGAAACUUCAUUUGGUAGAGAAAUCCUCAAGGGAAGAGCUACAAUCAUAGAACAUUUCUAUCGACCAUCGGGAGCCCAGGAACUUAGUUCUCUUCUUAGCGAAAUCUUUUCCGAGUCCGUCUGAUCCGGCUGGGGGUGGGAGACGGGGCAUCUGAGUUGCUUAGCAGGUAAUAUUUACCCCAUUUUGAGUAAAUUUCUCUUUAAUUUUUGUUUUUCCAUCGUUGUUGGAAGUUCACUGCUGUUCUCUGGCUCACGGAGUGCCGUGCCACGUAGCUUUCCACCUCAAGCUGCGCAGUAACGAAAUAUCGCUCUCUUGCAUUAUUUUUUUUUGUUGGUUUUGGUUGGUUUUUUUUGGAAACAGGCUUUCAUUGUCCCUUUCGAGAGUCAGUCCGCAAGCAGCGCGUCGUGGUGUUGCACACACGGUACGGCCGGGUCGCACGGGGGGACGUUGCUCCAGCUCCCUUCCCGCGGUCCAAAAAUCCGCUACCCCGACUCCUCGGGGAGCGAGUGGAGCCCAGGCCGGUGCUCGCCCUCCACAUAUUGCCCCGGCGACGCCGGCAAAGCUUUUAUUGGUUUUAUUUUUUGACCGGGAUGCCUUCGCACGCAGAGUCCUGCCCAGCCUCACUCGCCGGCGCAUCCGCCGGUGCCGGUACGUGCCGUGAAAUCGCUUUAGGCUUCUCACCUUCCUCCGACCGACCCUCGUGUCCCGUGAGCAGUGCUGGCCCAGCUGUAGAAUUUGGAAGCGAUUUACUGGAAUUACAAAACCUGUCUUUUCCUCCCUUCCUUUUCCUCCCUUCCUUUUCCUCCCUUCCUUUUCCUCCCUUCCUUUUCCUCCCUUCCUUUUCCUCCCUUCCUUUUCCUCCCUUCCUUUUCCUCCCUUCCUUUUCCUCCCUUCCUUUUCCUCCCUUCCUUUUCGGCUUUUGCUCUGGCUGCUUUAGGAAACUUAAGAGGGAGAGAUGGCACGAGAGGGCUAAAAACGGAGUGGGGGUCAGGGAUGUGAUUUUUAAGCAGCUUGAAUGGUUUCUUUUGUUUUCUAAGAGAUGCACUUGCCUAUGAUACUGUCUCUCCAGUGAAAUGAUUACUGCUCCAUUACUCUAUUGAUACAAUAUUGUGCAUGCUAGUGUCGUAUUUCUAUACAGUAGCUUGAAAUUUAUUAACUUAUACUGUAGAUGUUAUGUAUUCCUAUGACAAAAUAGUCUUCAAAAAUUUUUUAAGGUUUUUUAAUUUAUUUUUCGUUUUCUUUUGGGGGUAAAGUUUGCUCUACCAAAUAGUGAUCGUAACAAACUGAUCUGUUAUGGAUGUUGCUAUAGUGACAUGCAAUUAUAUAUGAUUUUGUUUUUAAAAAGGAAAAAAAAAGCAAAAGAAAACACCAGUGUUAGCUUAAUCUUAAUGUCUGGUGUUCGUCAUGGUGAAAUUAUAACUAUUACAGUGUAGGAGAACAAUGACUGUGUUCUUUGAAUGAGCCUUUGUUUGUGCUUUUUGUCAUGUUAUGCAGUGAACUAUUUUUAAGGUCUAAUCAGUGAUUAUUUUUCCAACUCCGUGUUUCUGUAAGGAAUUAUUUCACACACGGACCAUUCUUAGCAGUUUUUCCUCAGUGAUGGAAUAUCAUGAAUGUGAGUCAUUAUGUAGCCGUUGUACAUUUGAGCAAAUAAACUUACAGAUCUGACGUCA